UCUACUACGAUUCCUGACAGACGACUCCAUCUCAGUCUCCGCAUCACGCAGUCUUUCGGUCGUGCAAGAUGUCCCAGGUCAAUGAAGAAGUAGUCCCCGUGACAAUAGAUCUCGCCACAGAAACAGCUUCUAUAACAAGUACUCUGGACUUAACAGUCUUGUCGACAUCAUCCACUCGAACUUCCACUAGGACACCUAGCGUAUCUACACCAACGCUCGCGCCCAGCGAGACCAUUUCGAGUGACCAGCCAGCCAGCUCAGCAGCUUCCGCCACAGAACCCCAGAGCUCAACACAUACCCCGAACUCGACGCAACUGUCCAUCGGAGCCAUAGUGGGAAUAUCAAUAGGCUCUAUUGUUGCAGCCAUCAUACUCGCAGUAUGUCUGUUCGUCUUCCUCGGCUUCCGCAUCCAGCGUUCGAAGCGGCGGCGGCGGCGCGGCACCCCCACCGAAGUACCAGAGCCGAGGGGUCAAUUUCCCGCAUCGACCACCACCCCCGGCGGUCCUCGUGGCAAGGCAGAGCUGCCAUAUGAGGAGUACACACGGAGGAUGGAGAGGCUGCACGAAGGAGCCAAGCCGGAGUUGGAGGGAAGCAAGGCGAGGAGGUCGGUGUGGGGGUUUCUCUCUAUCAGGUCCGCGAGCAGAAGUGAGCCCCGGCAGGUCCCUACUGAGCUCUGGACUGAGCCGCCGGACCCGGGGCCGCAUGAGCUUCCGGGUGAUGAUGUUCUGCGAUCGGACCGCGAGGAGCCUCGGGACGCGAGGGACGGUACGUAGGGUACACCUGAGACUUGGUGACCAUAUUAGGUCUGUUGUUUGCCGUCUGGCAAGAGGUUGUUGUUACAAACUCUCCGCUGAAAUGUUGUUGGCUCCUUAUCAGGGAAAUAGGUCAAAGAUAGAACGCAGGUUGAAGGUGUUUCAAGACGUAAAAAGACAAUCACUGUUGACGGGAGCAGGCUAUUUAGUAUAGCUGUAUAAGUAGAGAAGUACUGGGAUCUUACUGUAUAAGUUUAUUAAUACCUUUUAUAAUAGACUUUUCCUAACUGUUA